AUGGCGUUACUCAUCGACGGCGUCGCCAUUGUCACCGGUGCAGGUAGUGGCAUUGGGCGAGAAUGUUGUUUUGCGUAUGCUAGUCAUGGUGCACGCGCAGUUGUCAUGGCAGAUUCGAACUAUUCUACGGCCCUGGAGACGGCGCACCAGAGCAAUUUGCUGGCCACUCAUGCAGAUUAUGAAUCGCUUGCGAUACAAGUCGACGUAGGGGACCCUGAGAGCAUUGCUAAAAUGGUGACGGCUACUGUUCAACGUUUUGGCCGUAUCGAUUACAGCGUGAACAGCGCCGGUGUUGGCGUUCGGAAACCUGCCCCUGUCGACGACGUGGACCUAGAAGAGAUGAAUCGAUUCUGGAAAGUGAACGUCUUGGGAACCUUGAACUGCAUCAAGGCUGUGUCGAAGGUUAUGAAGCUUCAGGGGAUCAGAAAGGCAACUACACGAGGCAAAGAGCGGGAUGUGGGUCGCGGUGUCAUACUCAACCUGGGAUCCUGCAGUUCUUUCAUGGCGACAGCGGAGAUGUUGCCGUAUACGACGAGCAAGCAUGCAGUCAUGGGCAUGACGAAAAAUGCAGCAUUGGAUCUAGCAAAACACGGUAUCCGGGUUAAUGCUAUUUGCCCCAGCUGGGUCGAAACGCCCAUGGUAAAUGCAGCGGUGGAAGGCAAUCCGAGUUUGUCAAGCCUCAUGGAGGCUUCAAUACCAAUGGCUAGAAUUGCAAAGGUUGAAGAGAUUGCGGACCUAGUUGUGUUGAUGACCAGCCCACUCGCAAGUUACGUGACUGGUGUUGGUUGGAUCGUCGACGGGGGUACGACAUUGCAGCUUAAAACAAGUUAG